UGUCACCCUUUUGCUGCAACCUGCGGCAGCCAGUUCUUUGGGCUUCUUGAAGGAAAGCAACAGCAGGCCAAGAUGAACACGCUCUCUCAGUCGUUAUAGCCUGUUGUCCUCCGCCAACCUCUCUCAUGUCAAGCGAUCUCCCGCCACUAUGGGAGUCUGCCUCUCCUGUCUAGGCGUUGGCCGUCGCACCCACCAUGAGUCUGACCGUACCCGUCUUCUCUACGAUGAUUACCCAGCCGGCCACAGCUACGGGACAUGGGGCGCAUCGAGCGUACCUCCUCAAAACCUGAUGAGCCCGGAGGAAGUACAGCGCGAACAAGAAGCCCUGGACGGCAUCGCCCGGUGGGCAAGCGAUCAGAUUGUUGAAAUCUUCCCCCACAACCACCGUUCCCUGAUCAUGUCCGGAUCGCUGCUCAACGGAGUCAAUCAUGCCAGCGUCGGCGAACAGAUCACAGCCAACCCCUCAUCUUCCCAACAUCAAGAUAUCCUCCUGUCCCUGAUUCCCGGGGACAAAUCAAAACGCUCGAUACGGAUAUAUCCUGCGUCGCGACCGACCUCAAAGAGCGGCCAGUCUCUCCGAAGUAAGAGUUCGGUCAGCACAGGGAUGAACGGCAGUGGUGGAAAACAGGGAGGCGAUUCUGUCCUGGUCACGCUCGAUGUUAGCUUGCCGUAAAGGGACUGGCGAGAUUCUAGGGUACGGGGAUGGAAGGAGGGCCAUCUGGUCAAUUUGAUUGUCCGCGCCGUCGCUGCCGACAAGUUGUGGCAUCAUGUACAAGAGCCACUCUACCCUGCCAGGUUGCCGUACUUCAAGACUUCCAACACAGAUACAGGCUUGGCGCAGGGUUAUUACUUGGACGGAUACACGGCGCAUUUUCAUGAGGACGGCGUCAUGUUCAAGGAGGUUAGCCAGGACUUAUCAGCGCAGCCGGCGGCAGCUUGACAACCACCAGGCCAUUGACGGGUAAGGGUUAAAGCCGGUAAAGCGACUCGUUUUUGCUUUGAGCGCAUGCUGGGAGGCCAGAAGGACUUGAGUGUGCUUUCUGAAAGAGAGACAGGAAAGAUCGAAGAAAUUGGGUGACUGAGCAGACUACUGAGCAAGAUGGUGGGUCACAGCUAUGCUGAUACUAUUACUUUGAGAGAUGGCGCUGUAUCAACGGCGAGAUUUUCCUUGUCAUAGAGGGGCGGCUCUACUGUAUAUCAAAUCUACGAUUCAUUUCAAUGGGAUUCGAGGCUGGGAACACAAAAUGUUCAAAAACCAUUUAUGCAGAAAGCAAGAACCUAAGAAUAUGGAAAACGCCAACUGUGAUUUCCUAUGCUGCUGGCCCGAAAAAGGAGGGCGACUAUUUGAAGGACUUGGGGGUAUCUCUGAACUCGGAUCAUGCUGCUUCGCUAUCUGCUUGUGAGAGACAGACGCGGCUGGGGUAUCUCAAUUGUUCAAUGGUGC